CAAGUCAGCCCCAGUAGCUGUGUGUCGCGUGUGCCGGACGGUUAAAAAGUAGCAACCUCUCCCAAAGAAAUCAGUGGUAUAGCAAAUAUACUUGGAGAGCUGUUCUGAAAGGCUUUGGGUUUGACGGGGGUGAUGACAAGGCAUUGUCCUCCUGUGGUGACGUGACAUGAGCCCAGCAGUGACUUAUUGGUGCGAAAUUUGUAGGACGCUCGACACGCUGUCAUGGCACAACUUGGGAACUUAGUGAUGACAGCAAUCAUCGUCAUCAGCACAACACUCGGCAGACGAGUCCGUAACUUGGAUACCAACGGGAUCCCCACAACUAUCGAAGAGUUUAACAACGGAUUGUUCCCGAGGUUCGCUGAGCCCAUCCCCAACGUCACUGUGAGCGUGGGAAGAGAUGCGCUUCUGGCAUGCGUCGUCGACAACCUCCGGGGGUACAAGGUGGCGUGGGUUCGAGUGGACACGCAGACCAUUCUCUCGAUCCAUCACAACGUGAUCACGCAGAACCCUCGCAUCUCUCUGUCGUACAAUGACCACCGCUCCUGGUACCUGCAUAUCAAGAACGUACACGAGGCUGACCGAGGCUGGUACAUGUGUCAGGUCAACACAGAUCCCAUGCGCAGUCGGCAGGGGUACCUCCAGGUCGUAGUUCCCCCAACCAUAGUGGACAAGGACACCAGCACCGAUAUGGUUGUCCGGGAGACGGCAAACGUGACUCUCACGUGCAAGGCCACAGGGUACCCUGAACCCUACGUCAUGUGGAGGCGGGAAGACGGGGAAGAUAUAUUCUACAACGGCGAAAAUGUGAACUAUGUGGACGGUGAAGUGCUACACGUUGUACGAGUCAGCCGGCUCCACAUGGGGGCGUACUUGUGCGUCGCGUCCAAUGGAGUGCCACCUUCAAUCAGCAAGAGAGUGGAGCUUAGAGUUCAGUUUCCGCCAAUGCUCACCAUAGCGAACCAACUGGAGGGGGCGUAUCUCGGUCAGGACGUCUCUCUGGAAUGUCUCUCUGAGGCGUAUCCCGCAUCCAUCAACUACUGGACCACAGAAAGGGGGGACAUGAUCGUCUCGGGGGACAAGUACGAAGCUGUAUCAACUGACAACGACUACAAGAAAUACAUGAUGCUGAAAAUACGCAACGUCAAGCACAAUGACUUCGGAUCUUACAAGUGCGUAGCCAAGAAUUCACUAGGCGAAACAGAUGGGAUCAUAAAACUAGACGAAAUUCCAGCGCCAACGACCACCUCCACGCCAACAAUUUCAUCUGUAACAUUCCCCACAACUAGGAAGAAAGCUCGAGGAAGGGGAAAAUCCUGGAAGGACCGUAUGCCAGAGAACCAAAUUCAGAGCGACUUCGGUCUCGAGGAAUGGCGUGACGCAGACUACGAUAUGGAUUACACACUACCCUCGAUGGGGCCGCAUCCCGCCAGGCAGCCCCCUGGAGCUUACAGCUCGGCAUCAAGACCAUCACCAUCCUUGGAGCGAGACAUCAACCUAUGGUGCGUGGUGUGGCUCCCGGUGUGUGCUACGUUGUUACAAGUCUACAGCUGACUGCACAGCGCUUCCAUAGACUACUGAACAGUCUGCUUAUGCACACAAUACACCGUCACCACAAUCUAGCACAGCUGGCGGGAAACUCGUUCGUACGGAGAUUAAUGUAGCUUCCUCGUUGCCAGUGCAUUCCGAAAGGGGACAAGAAUAUGGGAGAGUGUUUUCGUGACUGAAUAGUAUCUAAAAUGAAACAGCCCAUUUCCAUUAUUUAUAUCAGCGUGUAUGCGUUUAAAAUGAGAAAAUGUAGGGGCGACAAUGGGAGCCCUUUGUUACCCAACCACAGACGGACAUAUAUUAUUAUACAAAUGGGGCUUAUCUCUGCCAUUGUUCCGACGCAUAAAAUAACACUGUAUACGGAAUAUAUAAGGGAAGAUGGCGGGUGAAAUGAAGAACCAUUUUUCAACAUAUGAAUUUAGUGAUGUGUGCUUGUGAAGUUCAUUAUACUUCGUAGGAAGAGGAAACAGUGAUAUGAACAAUUCACGGAGAGAAAACUUCGAUAAGUAAAUUUAAUAUAAACGUGCUCAACUGUAAGAAAUUGACAAGGAAAUUAUUUCAACAAAUACUCUACAUCAGCACUGUUCCACGCGAGAGACAAACCCAGCUAUACUGUGCACAAUAAGAUAAUCUAACCCAACCCUUUUCAUUACAUGUAGCAGUUCCUCAUAAUGGUAAAAGUCAUUGUAGUUACGAAAAGGAGUCGAAGUGUAAGAGGACUUAGGUAAUUAUUGUGAAAAGCAUUAUCGUUAAUAAAGAAUUACCUUAGCUUCGUGUACAUAUGGAGUAUAAAGAAACAGCAUAUGUUCACUCAGUGUCAUACAUAUUACUUAAACUGAUGCAAGGAUUAAGGCAUCACUCCUGGUAGUUGGGAAGUCGAGAAACAUCUGGACAGUGUAACACGUAGCCCGCGACAUACGUACUAGGCUACGUGUCCUUGUGAAGGAAAGGAGACCUACGUUACACUUCCCGUCAGAAAUAUUACGGACUCAACAAGAGGUAUUUAUAAACUGAAGACAGGCAAAACAUUUAAGAAUACAAUAUUUUAUUUCUACACAGAAUUGUACUGUAUGUGGCACAACAUAUUCAAAAUAUGAUCUGCCGUCUUCAAUAUUUUCAAGGAUAGAAAUAAAUGUUCUUGCUGUUGCAGUUUUCAAGAUGAAUUACAUAUUUGUAUUUCACAAAAUGUAUAUUAUUUAGUGAAAACUACAGCCCAUAUAGCACAUAAGAGAAGAUGCAUGUUCGAACAUAGUUUUAUUAAAUCGUGCCAAAACG